AUGAGUUCCCCGUUUGACCCGUCUCGCCACUCGAGCCUCCGUGCUCAGGCUGAAGUCCUUGAUGGAGAGGACAGCCUCCGCCACCUGAGGGACGAGUUCCACAUCCCCUCCAAAGCUGAUAUCAAGAGGCAGACGCUCGGACAAGAAGAUCGUAGCAAUGCUAGCCACACCGAUGAAACGGCAACAUGCACCUACCUGUGCGGGAACUCCCUAGGUCUGCAACCCAAAAGAACGGCAACUCGCAUCCAGCAAUACCUCGGGACGUGGGCGACGCAGGGAGUUCAAGGGCACUUCAAGCCGCUCAAAGAUUCUCCGUUGCCCACAUGGCUUGAUGCCGACGCGCGAGCUGCCAAAUUGAUGGCUCCCAUCGUCGGCGCCGACGAAUCGGAAGUGGCAGUUAUGCAGACCCUGACGGCGAACCUGCAUCUACUGAUGUCAGCGUUCUAUCAUCCCGAUCCGAACGGCCGACACAAGGUCAUUCUCGAGCGCACGGCUUUCCCCAGCGAUCAUUUUGCUGUGUUGAGCCAGAUCCGACACCACGGGCUUUCUCCCGAGACUUCCAUGGUGACGAUAGAGUCGCCCUUUGCGGAAGAUCCCGUCAUCAGUACCUAUGACAUACAGUCGCUCAUCUCAAAGCAUGCCGCAGAUACGGCACUCAUCCUGCUGCCGGGUAUCCAGUAUUACACAGGUCAGCUAUUUGACAUCCCUACGAUCACAGCAUACGCCCACAAGCACGGCAUCUUCAUCAUAUGGGAUCUGGCUCACGCCGUUGGCAACGUGCCCCUUUCCCUGCAUGACUGGGACGUAGAUGCUGCCGUCUGGUGCACCUACAAAUACCUCAACGGCGGCCCGGGCUGCAUAGGAGGCGCGUUCGUCAACUCACGAAAUAGCCUGGUGACGACCACACUCACAGAUGAACAGCCCGAGCGCGGCUACGGGAACCGCCUCUCAGGCUGGUGGGGGAACGACAAGGGCACGCGUUUCGCAAUGGAGACCAGGUUCCAUCCCGUAAAAGGCGCUGCGGGUUUCCAACUCAGCAAUCCCAGCAUCCUUGAUAUCACAAGUGUCAGCGCCUCGCUGGAGGUCUUCGAGCUCGCCGGGGGCAUGGUACCAAUACGGGAGAAGUCUAAGAAGAUCACCGCUUUUCUGGAGCACUGCCUCUCCACCAUGUCGGAGGAGGCCAAGAAGCUGUUCAGGACCAUCACGCCGUCCGAUCCGGAGCAGCGCGGCGCCCAGCUCAGUCUCAUGUUGGCGGAUGGCCUGCUGCACCCUACGCGGAAGGCGUUCGAGGACCAUGGUAUUGUUGUCGAUGAGCGGAAGCCCAAUGUGAUACGGGUCGCUCCUGCGCCGCUGUACAAUAGCUUUCAGGACUGCGUGGCGUUUGUCGAGGGGUUCGAGCAGGCGUUGCUGGCUGCUCGGAAGUCUGUGUGA